CAUCAAUAAUAAAUUUAUAAUAAAUUUGUUAUUAAAUAAAUUUGACUAUUAUUUUGUUUAAAAUAAAAUGUUUGGCUAUUAAAUUGUAUUUAAAAAAAAAACUCAAAAUCAAUAUCAUAAGAGAAAAGGAAAAGAAAGAAAGAAAGAAAAAUGGGAGCAUUUUGCUCUGAGCUUUCCCUUCUCUCUCUUCUGCUUCUUCUUCCUCCUCCUCUCAUCUUCUGCUUCCCCUGAGGCUGAAACCCUUCCUCCCCCGCCCCUCUCUCCUUCUUCUUCCAAGUGGGGGUUCUCCUCCUUUUCAACUCCCAUUCCCCUAAUCCUUCUCAGCUGCGGAUGGAAAAUGAAGCUUCUGUUCUUCUCCCAGUUCCCUAAGCUUCCGUGGUUUCUUUUCUAGUGGUCAUGUGGUCUGCUGUGGGCGAAUCAUCUUCUGAGCUCUGAGCUCCAUUUCAGCCGGUGAGUCUUUCUGAUUGGGUAUCUAUAUGGGGGGUUUGACUGUUUCACUCUUCGAUUCGCAUUUUCUCUGUCUGUGAAAGUACGGAGCUUGUUUAAGCGGUGGGGAGCGGUUUCAGAUUUGGAUUGAGUUGUUCUUUGCUUCUCCUCUUUGGUUUUGGCUUGUCCAUCAGCUCAUCACAAAAUCGUGAAUGCUUGAGCUCUCCCAGCUCCAUUUUUGUAAAUGAAAUGAGUAGCAUUUUGGAGUAUGUUUUAGUUCAAGCUUUUUGAUGAUGCCAAGGGACAACGAGUGGUGAAAUGUUCUGUUUCUAAUAUCCAUUUCUCUGUGUUGAGUGCCGGAAAUUAGUGGUUCCUGAUUGAGUUGUACUGUUAUAAAUAUUGGUGAAAGUUCAGGGCUAGCUUGAUGUGUUGCAUUCCGCCUAUGGUGAGUGGGAAAGCUUCAAGAUUUGGAUCUAGGAGUUGAAUCAUUCCGCUGAAGUUGUGCUAUCUACUAGUACUUUCCCCCUAUUUCUGGUAAGAAAUGGGGUCGUAUUCAGGCACUUCUGAGAUCGUUGAAGCUCGAGAAGAUUUGGAUUCUGCACAACAUUCUAGCAAAGGAGCUUAUCCAUAUCGAUGCCACUCAGGAUUAAGUCUAGGUGGCCUCGAUCGGAGAAAGCCUCCAGCUUUGAAGCUGGGAGACAAGGAUUCACUGGAGGAUGAAAUAAACCAACUGUUCGAUGCCAUCAGUCUAAAGAAUGUUUCCAAGGGUUUUGGAGUUUCAACUCAACCCAGCACGAGCUCGUCUAGCCCUCUGAAUAGAAAUGCAAUGAUGAAGAGGCCUCUUGUUAGCAGUGUGUCUAAUUCACCAAGAGUCAGUAGCUCGGAAGGUGUGUCUCUGAAGCAGGCAUUGAGGGACCUUUGUCUCUCCAAGGCAUCUGAAAUGGCUGCCAUGAAAAGGGUUUCAAAAUCGACUUCUGCUGCUCCCUCCCCUGGAGAACCCUCGGAGGCUGGCAGGAUCAAGAACUUGUAUAAUUCAGUGUUGGUUAAAAGCAAGGUGGGUGAGGUUACUCGAGAUAUUGGUAAAGGGACAACUAUGGUUGAGAUAUCCUUUGUUCAUGAAGAGAGCAGCAGCAAGAAGAAGAUGCUGCACCUUGAGAUUCCUAAGAUGAGGUCACUGAACCCGAGUGCUCAAUCGUCUCCUCGGCUACAAGCAUUGAAGUCACCAGCUAAUCUAAGUGCCCAAUGUUCUCCUCGAUUCAUAGCACCACCUAUGAAACCAGUGCAGAAUGAGAAUCAGUUGGAAUCCAAGAAAGGUGGAAGCCAAAGCACAUUGUCAUCUCCUGGAUUAGCUGAUCAGAAGAAAUUACAAAUGGGUUCUUCUGCAACUAGAAAAGUUGGCAGUCAAGCAUUGAAGUCACCAUUCGAGAGUACUCAUUCUUCUACUCGGUUGCCUCCUUCCAUCACGAAAGGCUCGAAUAAGACCAAUUCCUCAAGUAAUGGUACUACUACUUCUGGACCAAAAAGAUUGGGAGCUCAAGCAAUGAAAAUCGAGAAGGUACAAAAGGAGAAGAAGGUUAUGACACUUGCAGAUUCCAUAUCUUGUCCUGAUUCUCCUGACAACUCUCCAAAGGCAGCAGCAGUAAAGCUUCCUUCCUCAACCAAAUCGACAACAAAAGUUUCUCCACCAAAAACAGGUCGCAAAGGCAGUACCAAGAGCACGAAACAUGUUAAAACAGUGAUAAGAAGCAAGAUCAGCACCAUUAAGAAGAAGAGAAAGCAGGGUGCAAACCCUGCAUCCUCAGUUUGCACUGAAGGUGAUGCCAAUUUGCUUCCAGUCCAAACUCCGAUGGUUUGCCAGAAAUGUCAAUGUGCACUAAGUAGUAAUGUCAAUGAAGAACCAGUUGAGCAAAACCCGGCUCCUAUCUCUGCUGAGAUAACCUCUAAUAAUAAGCAAAACCCGGUUGAGAAGAUAAAGAAGACUCCAAAACGAGAGAAAGGCGAAUUCUCUCGGAGCUCAAAAAGCAGUUUGGGAGACUACAGCACUAGCACAAGCAACAGCGAGGAGAGCAAUGCCAGCAGGUUCAGCAGCUGCUGCAACAGGCCACACAUGUCGAAGGACGUCCGAUGGCAAGCUGUUCAACAUGUCAAGACAAGGGAUAAAGUGCUGACAUUGGCUCACUUCAAUCUGUUGACGAAGCUCGGUUGUGGAGAUAUAGGGACGGUGUAUCUGGCUGAGCUCAUAGGUACGAACUGUCUUUUCGCAAUCAAGGUGAUGGACAACGAGUUCCUGGCAAGGAGGAAGAAACUGCCAAGAGCCCAGACAGAGAGAGAGAUACUGAGGAUGUUGGACCAUCCCUUUCUUCCCACGCUUUAUGCACAGUUCACUUGUGAUAAUUUGUCGUGCUUGGUGAUGGAAUUCUGCCCUGGUGGGGAUCUUCAUGUGCUAAGGCAGAAGCAGCUUGGGAGGUGCUUCCCUGAGCCAGCAGCCAGGUUCUACGUUGCUGAAGUCCUCCUAGCUCUAGAGUACCUCCACAUGCUCGGAGUCGUCUACCGAGACUUGAAACCCGAAAACAUCCUAGUACGAGAAGACGGCCACAUCAUGCUCACAGACUUCGACCUCUCACUACGAUGCAACGUAAGCCCAACUCUCCUCCAAUCAUCAUCAUCAACAGCUCCUGCCGAACCCCCGAGAAUCUCCGGCCCAUGCACAUCUUCCUCCUGCAUUGACCCAUUCUGUAUCGAGCCAUCCUGCCGCGUCGUGUCUUGCUUCUCUCCCCGACUCCUUCCUCCUCGAAGCGCCGCCAAAGCUAAAGUGAAAGUCGAGCUCCUCCUUCGAUCAACCCUCCCACAGCUCGUGGCAGAGCCCACCGACGCUCGUUCAAACUCUUUCGUCGGAACCCACGAGUACUUAGCACCCGAGAUCAUCAAGGGAGACGGCCACGGCGCAGCAGUCGACUGGUGGACGUUCGGCGUGUUCCUAUACGAGCUACUCUACGGCCGAACGCCUUUCAAAGGCGCGGGGAACGAUGAAACACUAACAAAUGUAGUGCUGCAAGGGUUGAGGUUUCCUGACGGCCCGCUGGUGAGCUUCCAUGCGAGGGAUCUCAUCAGAAGGCUGCUGGUGAAGGAACCGGAGGGGAGACUAGGGACCGAGAAAGGUGCAGCGGAGAUCAAGCAGCAUCCUUUUUUCCAAGGGUUGAACUGGGCGCUCAUACGCUGCGCCGUUCCCCCCGAGCUGCCGGAUAAUUGGUAUGAUCAUCACAGUAGUGGUGGUGUUGGGUAUGAAGGUGGUGGUGGUGAUGAGUACUUGGAGUGUAAAGCUACAGGGGAACACCUUGAGUUCGAGCUGUUCUGAAAUGUUUUACUGUGGGAUAUUUAUUAGCACGAAUUAGGGUUACUGUGGUAAAAGGAAGUCUAGUAAAUGGGGGGUUGACCAAUCAGUUGCCAGGGGCCAUGGUUGUUCUUAAGUGGAGGGAAAUGGGGAGGUGAGAUUGUUCUCUGGAAGUCGAAAUCCAGAUUUUGGUAACUGUGAAAAGCAGAGGUUUUUCUUAUAUAAUCAGCAGCUUCGUUUUUGUAUAUAUUAACCGGUCUGAUCUGUUCUCUCGGUUGAAGUGAAUGAAACUCAGAAUAAGAU